GCCCACCACAUGAGCCACCAGACAAUGUAUUGAGUGCUGCUUUGGGUGCUAGGGAAAUAAACGUUUCAUUCAUUGUGUGAUUGCACAAAGAUAACUAUCAUAGUUUUGUUUUCAUAUGUUCAGCCUAUUUUGACUCAAGAACAGUUCUAUAAAUUAUACUCCACUAUUAUCCUUGUUUUAUAUGGCGAUCCAGAUCAUCCAAAUCAUAGUAAUACUAACAUGUUCCUUAAAGAGACAUUAUGUCAUAUUUAGAUAAAGAGCUAGCCAUUCUUGCUAUAACAGUUCCAAAAUAGAUAAUGUAAAAUGAAUAAUUCGAAAUUUAAUUUAAAUUACUCUAUUGCGAGCGAAGAUAUUAGCCUUUGAAGGCUUGACAAGACGUUUGCAAUAAUUUCAACCACCGUACUGGUUGUUCGAAGCUAAGUCUCGCUCCUCUAUUUUUAAAUUAAAUCAAAAUAUGGCUAAACCGUUAUAAUCUUUUUAAUAUCAGAGAAAUCUGAUGCCAUCGAGAGUUGAUUAUGGCCUGGAUCAGUUAAUUAAUGUCUAAUUAAUCAUUUAGAAAACAUUUCAGGCCUAAACAAAGACCUGCAAUAGGCAGAUUUAGCUCUUGCAUAAUGUAUGUUUAAAUUAGAGAAACCCAUAACAAUCAUAUAAUGUCAAAGUAGCCACAAUAUUUAUAUAAGAAAUAAAACAGAACCUGUUAUUUGUUACUUGUUCUUAUAGAUUACAUGAAAGAUGGCGGUGAUUCUAAAAUUAAUAGAUUGAAGACACAUUCAAACAUAGAAUAUCUGAGUGAAAUUCUUCAAGAGGAACAAAUCACAGAUUUAGUCAAUCGGUUGGGUGAGAAGAAUAGAGAUAGUCCACAACUGAGGAUUCUGAAAGCCAACACUAAAGCCAGUCUUACCGAUGUGAAGGAAAAGAAGUAUGUGAAGACCCGAGCGUAUGCUAAAGGUUUGGAGAUACUGACGGAACUGAAAGUCUUGGGUAUAAUAGGAGCGGCUGGCGAUGGUAAAAGCAUGCUUUCGAAGAUGAUCGCCAAAGAAUUUAUUGCAAAGAACCAACAGUAUACACCAUUGCUGAUAUAUAAGCCAAGUGAUUUAAAUAAAGUUAACUUUGAGGAUGAUAAGUAUUUGUUAAUCUUAGAUGACAUCUAUGGUAAAUAUAAUACAUUGAAGGAUCGUAAGGAUCAAUGGCCUAAACAUUUUGAAAAUUUUCGAAUUAGAAAAGAAAGGGGUCAGCUAGUUUUUAUUUACAUUAUGAGGGAUUAUAUUUAUAAGUCUUCUAAGUGUCAUUUAGAUAAGUACGAAAUAUUUUCUACCCAAACAGAACUUGAACUUCAUUCCGGUGAAUUUUCCUUAAACUAUGAUGAAAAAGAAGAAAUACUGCAAUUUUAUAAAGUACACGAGGAUAAAAUUAUCAGUAUUUUAAAAACCGAUGAAUACUUUGGUUUUCCGGCUAUCGCCUCUUCUGUCAGGAAAGCUUUAACGUGUGGUCAAUUACCGACGGAUUUCAAAUCUUCCCAUGAUUUCAUGUUGCAAGAGUUAAAAAUGUUUUGGGAUGUAAAUAAAGACGUAUACACAGCAUUAAGUAUGGUAUUCUGUUUACAUAAUGUGCCGAUGAGAGACCUAGAACGUCCCAAUGAUAAAGUAAAGGACGUUAUUAAGGCAAUCGAGACAGAAAUUUACAGAAAGUUUGAAUUAUGUAAAGCUCGCGAUAAAGUCAAGGACCUUUCAGAAACGUUUAUUCGCUUUUUUGAAAAUAAUUAUAUGAAAAUGAUUUCAUUGCGAGAUUUUGUUGAGGUGCCGUUCUUAACUCAUUUUACAGAAAAUUUCAUUAAAAUGGCUUUAGAAUAUUGUCCCUUUGAACUGUUGAUGACAGUUGUAAGUACAAAACCAGCAGAUCAGUGCAUUGUCAUCAACAAUUAUGACGAACUUUCCUUUCGUUUUAAGAGGGAACUGCAGAAUAACAAUAAUGUUAUUUUGACCCAUUCUGCUUUUCUUGACAGCAGUUUCUUGUCAAAGUUUCUUAACAUUGAAGAUAUAAACGAUUUUUUGCGUGAAGUUAACCACCUCAGUUUAGGUGAAAUAAACGCUAUACAAGAAUCGGGAUAUUUUUGGCAUUAUAUUUCCCUUUACGGUGACAUCGACUGCCUUAAAAUAAUUCUCUUAUAUUUUCAAGACAAUUUACCUAAACUGGUUGACAAGAAAACCAAAUUUGGGUGGGAUGUGAUCAGUCUAGGUGCUAUUUCAAAAAUUAAACCUAUUGAAAAACUUGAUCUCUUAUUGAAAGAACUAAAAUAUGAUGACCUAGUAACAUUGCCACACUUUGUUGUAUAUUCUAGUGACUUAAGUGUUAUUGAACAUGUUGAUACUAAACAUACAAACUUUGAUAUAAAAUCACUAGAUAACAAGUCAAGAACGAUUCUUCAUAACGCUUGUGAUUCUAUCCACGAUGUUAGCGAUAUAAUUAAUUUUCUCGUAGAAAAGGGGUUUGAUUUAAAUGCUAAAGACAAAGAUGGUUGCACACCACUUCAGCUGGCCGCAGGCAGGGGAAAAACAGCAACUGUAUCAAUCUUAAUAGAAAAUGGUGCCUCUGUGGUUGAACGAGAUAACAUGGGGAGAUUACCCAGCCAUGCAGCUUGUGCUGCUCAAGGUAGAAGGAAUGAUAUCGAUUCCAGUGAUGUUCUUCGUCAGUUAAUAAAAGCUGGAUGUCCUGAUAAUGAUCCCGAUAAAGAGGGGCGAACUCCAUUCUUAGAAGCGCUUGUAGUUGUAAAUACUAAAUGCCUCCAAUAUUUAAUUAAAAAUUUAACUCGUUUAGAUAUACAAGACAAACUAAGACAGCCAUUUAUGACUGAAGCGACUAUGUUAAAUGAUAUUAAAACGUUCAAGGAAGUCUUUGAUAUUUUAAUUACAGACAAAAGCUACAUCGAACUUAUUGAUGUAAAUGUAUUAAAAGAAUGUGUUGAUUCAGUUGAAAAAAUCAAAUAUUUGUUUAAGAAAGGUGCUAAUUUGGAAGUUGUCGAUGAUCAAAAGCGUACCGUACUACACCACGCUUGUCAAAGUGGUACCACUGAAACCGUUAAUUAUUUGGUUAAUAACACGAAGUUAGAUGUUAACCAGAAAGACAAUAAUGGUUGGACACCAGCAGUGUUUUGUUGUUGGUCUGAGAUUAACCCUGUUGAUAAACUGAUGAUAUUAUCGUCAAAUGGUGGUGAGUUGGAUACAGUAGAUAAAUCUAACAUCAGUUUACUACACCACGCUUGUCAAAGUGGUACCACUGAAACCGUUAAGUAUGUGGUUAAUGAAGUAAACUUAGACAUUAAUCACAAAAACAAUAAUGGUUGUACACCAGCAUUUUAUUGUUGUUGGUCUGAGAUUAACCCUGUUGAUAAACUGAUGAUAUUAUCGUCAAAUGGUGGUGAGUUGGAUACAGUAGAUAAAUCUAACCGUAGUUUACUCCAGUAUGCUUGUUAUAUAGGUACCACUGAAACCGUUAAGUAUUUGGUUAAUGAAGUAAACUUAGACAUUAAUCACAAAAACAAUAAUGGUCGUACACCAGCAUUUUUUUGUUGUCACUCUAAGAUUAACCCUGUUGAUAAACUGAUGAUAUUAUCGUCAAAUGGUGGUGAGUUGGAUACAGUAGAUAACUCUAACCACAGUUUACUCCACCACGCUUGUCAAAGUGGUACCACUGAAACCGUUAAGUAUUUGGUUAAUGAAGUAAACUUAGACAUUAAUCACAAAAACAAUAAUGGUUAUACACCAGCUGUGUCUUGUUGUCACUCUAAGAUUAACCCUGUUGAUAAACUGAUGAUAUUAUCGUCAAAUGGUGGUGAGUUGGAUACAGUAGAUAAAUCUAACCUCAGUUUACUACACCACGCUUGUCAAAGUGGUACCACUGAAACCGUUAAGUAUUUGGUUAAUGAAGUAAACUUAGACAUUAAUCACAAAAACAAUAAUGGUCGUACACCAGCAUUUUUUUGUUGUCACUCUAAGAUUAACCCUGUUGAUAAACUGAUGAUAUUAUCGUCAAAUGGUGGUGAGUUGGAUACAGUAGAUAACUCUAACUGCAGUUUACUACACCACGCUUGUCGACUAGGUACCACUGAAACCGUUACGUAUUUGGUUAAUGAAGUAAACUUAGACAUUAAUCACAAAAACAAUAAUGGCCGUACACCAGCAUUUUUUUGUUGUUGGUCUGAGAUUAACCCUGUUGAUAAACUGAUGAUAUUAUCGUCAAAUGGUGGUGAGUUGGAUACAGUAGAUAACUCUAACUGCAGUUUACUACACCACGCUUGUCGACUAGGUACCACUGAAACCGUUACGUAUUUGGUUAAUGAAGUAAACUUAGACAUUAAUCACAAAAACAAUAAUGGCCGUACACCAGCAUUUUUUUGUUGUUGGUCUGAGAUUAACCCUGUUGAUAAACUGAUGAUAUUAUCGUCAAAUGGUGGUGAGUUGGAUACAGUAGAUAAAUCUAACCUCAGUUUACUACACCACGCUUGUCAAAGUGGUACCACUGAAACCGUUAAGUAUUUGGUUAAUGAAGUAAACUUAGACAUUAAUCACAAAAACAAUAAUGGUUAUACACCAGCUGUGUCUUGUUGUCACUCUAAGAUUAACCCUGUUGAUAAACUGAUGAUAUUAUCGUCAAAUGGUGGUGAGUUGGAUACAGUAGAUAAAUCUAACCUCAGUUUACUACACCACGCUUGUCAAAGUGGUACCACUGAAACCGUUAAGUAUUUGGUUAAUGAAGUAAACUUAGACAUUAAUCACAAAAACAAUAAUGGUCGUACACCAGCAUUUUUUUGUUGUCACUCUAAGAUUAACCCUGUUGAUAAACUGAUGAUAUUAUCGUCAAAUGGUGGUGAGUUGGAUACAGUAGAUAACUCUAACUGCAGUUUACUACACCACGCUUGUCGACUAGGUACCACUGAAACCGUUACGUAUUUGGUUAAUGAAGUAAACUUAGACAUUAAUCACAAAAACAAUAAUGGCCGUACACCAGCAUUUUUUUGUUGUUGGUCUGAGAUUAACCCUGUUGAUAAACUGAUGAUAUUAUCGUCAAAUGGUGGUGAGUUGGAUACAGUAGAUAAAUCUAACCUCAGUUUACUACACCACGCUUGUCAAAGUGGUACCACUGAAACCGUUAAGUAUUUGGUUAAUGAAGUAAACUUAGACAUUAAUCACAAAAACAAUAAUGGUCGUACACCAGCAUUUUUUUGUUGUCACUCUAAGAUUAACCCUGUUGAUAAACUGAUGAUAUUAUCGUCAAAUGGUGGUGAGUUGGAUACAGUAAAUAACUCUAACCGCAGUUUACUACACCACGCUUGUCGACUAGGUACCACUGAAACCGUUACGUAUUUGGUUAAUGAAGUAAACUUAGACAUUAAUCACAAAAACAAUAAUGGUCGUACACCAGCAUUUUUUUGUUGUUGGUCUGAGAUUAACCCUGUUGAUAAACUGAUGAUAUUAUCGUCAAAUGGUGGUGAGUUGGAUACAGUAGAUAAAUCUAACCUCAGUUUACUACACCACGCUUGUCAAAGUGGUACCACUGAAACCGUUAAGUAUUUGGUUAAUGAAGUAAACUUAGACAUUAAUCACAAAAACAAUAAUGGUCAUUAA